AUGCCCCCACCGAUGGAAAAACGAUUUGACCUGAACACAUAUCGUCAGGCUGCGCGACAGGCCCAGAACCAGCCUCAAGCGUCGGGGUCAGGUUCUCGACCGUUGCGCCCUGCACUAGUCGCGUCUGCCACGAGCGUUGCGCCGCGUCCUGCUGUCGUGACUGCUCCUCCUUCGAACCCUUUUUCGCACCAGGCAGGUCCUUCGGCUUCACACAAUGUUCAGAGCGCAGGUGCACAGGGCCAUAACUUGUACCCUGUGCACAACGCCGCAAGACCGCAGACGGGAGGCCAGCCGCAAGCCGUAUCGCGACCUCCAAGCCAAGUAGCAUUCAACCCGAAGGUUCAGCAUCAUCCCCAAGCCCACGAAAAUGUUACUCUGGUCAGAGUAGACCAAUAUCGUGAUCAGCAGCACCUCCCGCUGCCUCCCUCACCGUCUGGAUCCUACUCCCACGCACUGGCCUCACAUGCUGCUCAAUACAGCGCUCAAUACGCUGCGGCCUCAGGUCCUACCCCUUCAUCUAUCGUGGAUCAAGUCUCGCAGCGUGUUCUUCAAGUCCUAGCACCAGCGUUCACCCAACUUCACGAACAACAGAACGCUCUCAUUCAGAAUUUCCACAAGUCGUCUCAAAGCAUGGAAGAGAUCAUAACCCAAUUGGCUCAGUCCCGGGCAGAGAACGAAGCACUUGCCAAGAGACUCACAGAAAGGGAUGAAGUAGAUAAGAGGAGCAAGCAGAGAGAAGUCGAUAGCGUGAUCGCUUUGGGUUUACUCGCGGACAGGGUCAAGGACGUCAGGACUGAGACCAAAGCUAUCCUCAAGGUUCUGGGACGGAAGGACGCCACGACGAGCUUGAACGUGGCCAAGAAAAGCGUGCUCGAUCGGUUAGAUGGUAUCCAGAUGGACGUGCAGGAGUUUCUGGAGAAAGUUGGAGAUCCAGAGGCUGAUGGACCUGCUCAGCCACCUGGUGCUCUGACGCCACAACCGCAGGCGCCCACAAUUCUUCGGCAUGAUAUGGCAACGAGCCCAAUCAGACUUCCCGAAACAGGCGCCCAAUCACCUGACCCACCCCUCAUCAUGCUAUCGCCGCCCAUGUCGCCGCCUAUACCAACCCAAAGGGUCUAUGUUUCCAUGGGAGUUGCAACGUCGCCCGAACCAGAAGAACACAGUUCUCGUCGAAAUUCAUAUUCAAGAACGCCCUCGUCGCGGAACUCUGCACACACCCUCGUCGACGAUGUGGCGGAUCAAGAUAUUACUAUGAUUUCGGAUGCAACCGAUACCACCAAAAUUGCCUCUGUUUCCCCUGAUCCAAUGCCUCGCAAGCCAGCGGACUCUAAAAUGGAUGUCGAUGACGAUCCCUUCCUAUCUCCGAAGAGCAGUGGCUGUGUGGUCAACCAAAUACACAUUCCGUCCUCCUCCCCCAGUGGCCCCUAUACUCCGAAGAAGCGAGGUAAAAGUCGUUGCCCUAUUGCCGUCGAAGAAAACCAAGGAUCUCCCAGAGCCAAUGCGCCUGGAACGACCUUCUCUCCUGUGGAUUGGUCCAAGACGUUAACGCCUUCCGCUCAACCUAUCACACGAUCCUUCUCUGCUCCAUCCGUUCCGUCAUCUCCUCUUAAGAGUUUUGAAGCCAAGGGUGCCUUGAAUUUAAGUCCUAGACGAUCGUACACGCUUCCUCCGCAAAGGCAAGGUUCCGUUGCUGCUUUACGACAAGAGGCGACAGGCCACCCAUAUCCCCUUGUUUUCCCCCCGCCUAUUCCGCUUUCUCCUGUGAAGCAAAAAUCCGAUUUAGGCGCAGCGGCUGAGGCGGCUGAGAGGAUGCUCAGUCCCGAAAGUCAGUGCAGCGACGACGCAGACAAGCCUAAAUAUUUGCGGCCGAAAGGGGUGGUUUUAAAACACUCUCCCCCGAAGAUGAAAGCAAGUCUAUCGUCGUCUUCUGACUCUUCUCUGACCUCGUUAACCGCCUCUGUAUCGUCUGGAUCUUCGCUCGAGGCUGAGGCCAAUGAGAAACCAAAGGAGGACGUCAACAUGAAGGAAACAACGCCUGUGCCCAUUCCAUUGUCGUCUUCCCCGCUGCGGCCGGCGACGACGUCGACCCCUCUGUCGGAGACGAAGAUCAAGAUUCGGAUUCCUGCUCGGGCUAGAAUACCCCCGCCACCAUCCCCUGUGUCGCCUCUCAAGUCUUUGGACCUCUCCUCUGUGCGAAAUGCUGCACAUCACUUGAACAGCAGCCCGACGAAACUUAAUAGCAGCCCAACGAAACUUAAUAGCAGUCCUACGAAACGCAACAGCAGCCCUCCGAAAUCACCACCACGUCUUGAGCCAACGUCUGAGUCGCAAUCUAGCGAACCUUCGAGCCGGGCUACUGAGGAUGAGGAAAUCGUUCAGAGCAUUGUCACCUCGUUCGGCCCUACAUCAUCGCCUGGCCUGCCUACACCUACCAACUCGCUUAUGGUAUCGCCUUUCAAACCGCUGGCGAAUGGCAUCAGGUCGGGCGUAGAUUUGUCGUCUCCUCUCUCCCGCAAGGGCCGUAGAAUGGUUGAGGUAGAAUGGAAUCCGGACCUCGACGAUUCGGUCCCUCGUCUCGUUGACUUCGCGACACUCCGCGUGUGGCAUACGGAUCGGGCGAAGGAGCUGGCGGAGAAGAAGCAAGACGAAGAAGUGGAGAAGGAGAAAGACGAGGACGAGGAAAUGAAGGAUGCAGACGUGCUCGAGCCGGAGCUGCAGAUGGAAACGGAGAACGAUCAGCAAGCAACUCCACGAGCGCAGUCUCCUGCUACCCCUCGAGCACAAUCUCCUUUCAUUGCAUCUAGCUGCUCUCCACCUGCUAUGGAGAUUGCCGAAAAUAGCUCGAACCUAGGGACUGAAAAUAUGGACACAGUCGAAACGUGCGAACCAUACCAAGACAACAACACACCUGUACCUCUCGACCUACCUCCUUCAUCUCCUCUUUUCACCUCCCCCAGCCAUCCGCAAUACAAUUCCUCAGUCUCUUACCGCGACGAAAAUGUCGACCUCCCGUCGUUGUCUCCGCUUGUCAAAGAAAAGGAGCAAACCACUCUCGCUCAUCAAGACACUCAAGAUUUCGGUAGCCUGCAAGCUGUGUCGAGUCCGCGCACCGCCAGCUUCGGCGUGAUUUCCGUUAGCAGUCCGAAAGCUGUAGAGUCGCAAUCUAGCGAAGAUGCGAUGUAUAUCUCUUCCGCGAUGACUACACCUGUGAAGCCCUCCAAGGCAACGCCGGUGUUAGCUGACAUCCCGCCUGUGGCUACGUCUUUUGUUCGCACAUCUCCUGAAAAGAAGGGCAAUCAGAAGGAGCAGGCUAUGAGACGCUCGCCUAGUGUCAUCUAUGUCUCCUCUGAUUCGUCUGACGAUGAAGGUCUACCGUCUGUUCCUGCAAAACCGAAAGCGACACCCGCGGCAGAAGCGUUGGUGAAAGUGGAACCGGACGCUGAAAAGGAAGUUCCUUCCAAGGCGACUACUCCACAAGUGCCAGAAGUGAGGUCGCCGAUCCCACCUGCUCAAGUCCCAGCUCCUGUGCCCCGCGUAGAUCCUUUGGAAGAGCUCUUCACGAGACCGCUGUCGCCCAUCUCUGACCUCUCUGACGAGGAUGACGAACUUCCGAAGGAAAAGCAGUCACCUAUCGACCUCAACCGUUUCACAGCAGGCCUAUCGGACGAUGACGCCGACGUCAUACGUGUCAGGAAAUCGCGCAGAGUCUCUGAGUCUGUGCGUGCCCCGUCAGCCGCCACCACUGUUGCACGGAGAAGCUCGGUUGCAGCCAAAGCAGAAGAGAUCGAUACCGUCAUGGCGGACCUCCCACCACCAGUUGCACCGCAGAAGAAGAGCCUGCUGGGCCAACUGAAGAAAGGACAGAGUGCCGCCGUGACCAGGAUCAAGAAACGGAAGAGCCGCCCAGAGCCCGAGACGGAGGACGAGGAUGAGCCGCCGUUGAAGAUCGUCAGGCUGCGGAAGAAAGGGACGAAUGGGGCCUUGACGUCCGCCACGUCGUCGUCGGGGUCAUCGGCGAAGGGCAACACGAGCACGAACACAAGGAAAUCACUUAGGACGCCUUCACCGAAGAAGGCCGCAACAGCCAAGGUACAGAGGACACCAAGGACGCCAGCCAGCCACCAGAGCCAGAAGACGCCGACAAGGAGGUCGAGGAACCAGAAACCGCGCUCAUCGACAGUUGUGUGGCCGACAAUUAACGAGCCAAAUUUCGAGCAGCUUGUGAAAUGCGAUACAUGCGAUGGCUGGUACCACAUCGGCUGCGUUGGCAUGCCUAUAGAGGAUGUCCGGCUCUUAGAUAGCGAGCUGUACCAAUGCCCUCCGUGCGAAGCGGGUGUCGAUCGCAGUGCUCUUUCUCCGACGAAAGGCGGCCAAGACGCAAUUCCCGCUGCGCGGUGCGCCCGCUCGUCGUGCCGGCGGCCCAAGGCUAAGAAGCAGGCGGCGACCAAGGAGGACGAUACCUUUGUUGUCGAAUCGUUCGUGGGUCGGCUGACGAAGAUUGUGAGUGGGAAGCUGGAGGUGGUGACGUUGUAUCUUGUUAAGUGGCUUGGUUACGGUUUCAAUGAGUGCACCGUGCAGACCCUCGACACCUUGUGCAUGACCAACGCCGCCCUCCUAGUUGACGCGUUUGAGAAGGAGGCCGAGAACGAAGGCCUCGACCUCGAGAGCUCCAGCAACGAAGCCGUGGUUCUUAAAUGCGCCAGCGAGGCGGGGUGGGACCACAACUUGGAGUUUGUUCCGAAGCCCAAGGUCGAAGCGAAAUCAUGA